AUGGGUUUUGAGAGAUUGAAGACGAACGAAAUGGGGAUCUCAAAGCCAUGUAUGAAGAGCGUUUUCCUGCUUCAGGGUUGGAUGUUUGGGAAACAUCCUAUUACCGGGAGCCCACUGAAGCUGAGUGAUUUAAUCCCAGUUACUUUUCUCAAGAAUGCUGAAGGAGAGUAUCAUUGCCCCGUGCUAAAUAAAGUUUUCACUGAAUUUACUCACAUUGUUGCUGUCAGGACUACAGGGAACGUGUUCUGUUAUGACGCAAUCAAAGAAUUAAACAUCAAGACGAAGAAUUGGAAAGAGCUUCUAACUGAUGAACCUUUCACUAAGGAAGACCUUAUAACAAUUCAGGGCUGUUUUGCUGCUGCUAGAGGUAAUUUCGCUGCUGCUGCUGGGGCCUUUUUUACUGCUGUUGGGGCUGCUGCUGCUGCCUGGGCCGUUUAUUGCNAAGCCGUAUGGGUUGGGUUUCAAAACAUUGCUUGUGGGUCUUGUGUUCCAGUCUCUGAAAGAGUUGAUCAAACAAACUUUGUUCUGGUAAGUCGUACGGGGUUGGGUUUUAAAACUUUGUCUGUGGGUCUUGCGUUCGAGUCUUACGGAUCACAUGUUGGUAUUUUGUGGUCUUAA